AUGCGCAAUCUCUCCGUCUUGUCACAUCGGGCGAUCACAUUCGCUUCGGGAUCUCCACUCAAGAUCAAAGCCACGGCAGCUGAUCUCGACAAUGGAUCCAUUUACGCAGUCGCAACAUCGCGCAUCUCUCCCACUGCAGCAGAUGUGACCAUCCACUUUCUGAAGGUCAGCAGUCAGGAGCAAGCCUUCACCCAGUUUAACUCUCUGCUCGUACCCGGGCCUCCGUCACCUCUGCCUAAUUCUUCGACAGCGGUUGCUUCUACAUCCGGCCGGAGCCCUACAGAUGUGAUCGACUUCCACUAUCUCUCUGAUGGCGGCCAGGAAGUGCAAAAUCAAGCGGCACUCUGUACAAUUUCAGCUGGUGGUGACCUGCUUCUUCUGCCCGUCUCUUCAGCAAAUGAAACUCUGGACGAUGCUCCUGCAAUCGAGCCUUCCGUGGUGGGUACCAUCGAGCAAGGCAUUGGCGCUGCAUGCUGGAGUCCAGAUGAUGAGCUGCUAGUCCUUGUCACCUCCGAGAUGCCGCAGGACGCUUCAUCGACAGGGAGAAGCGAGGCGGAGAAGGUACUUCUCAUGACUCGCGAUUUCGAAGUGCUUUCCGAGCUCAGCUUGCGCACCGACAGCUUUGGCGAGGACGAGGCAGUCGACGUAGGUUGGGGAAGCAAAGCAACACAAUUUCACGGAUCCGAAGGAAAGGCAGCGGCAGCAGCUGCUGCUGAGGCAGCUGCAGCGGCCAAGGAGAGCAAGACUGACACUCGGGGACCCAAAUUGCCAGAUGACGACGGAAGACCACGCAUUAGCUGGCGUGGAGACGGUGCAUUCUUCGCGAUCAGCUCGCUCGAGCCCUUUAUUCCGUCGUCAUCCGACAGCGCGACAGACCUCAUCUGGCACAGAAUCAUCCGGAUCUACUCACGAACAGGCGCAUUGUCCGCCACGUCAGAUGCUUCGGUCAGAGGUAUAUCUCAGACCCUCGCUUUUCGACCCAUCGGGAAUCUCAUCGCGAGCACACAGAGGUUUGGACCAUCCGAUGUUCAAGGUCAGAUGUGGAGUCAAGGUCGCAAGGGACGUCACGAUGUAGUUUUCUUUGAACGCAACGGUCUUCGUCAUGGCGAGUUCAGCUUGCGAGAGGAAUCCGCCUCACAACCCCAAGGGACGCAGCUCGGCUGGAUCGAUUCGCAAAACGAAGCUCCCUGGAGCAGGACGCAUUUCGUUCGAGAGCUAGCGUGGAAUGCGGAUGGAUCGGCUCUCGCUGUCUGGCUCACUCGAGCCGGAGAAGCCAAUUCCGCUCACGAUGUCGUUCAAAUCUACACUACGGGCAACUAUCACUGGUAUCUUAAGCAGGAAUUUGUUACAUCUGUGAUGCAAGGCGUGGAACAGGUCAAUUGGCAUCCAGAAGACCCAUUGCAACUGCUCAUCGCACACACAGAUCGAGUCGAGCAACGAUACUUUACACUGGAGACGAUGGCUUCCGGCGGCCGACCUCCUGUUGAUGUCGCUUGCGUAGCCGUAGCUGAUGGUGCUGCAACUUUAUUGACCCCUUUCCGAAUGCAGAACGUUCCGCCUCCGAUGGCCUCGCUCAGCCUCCUCCUGCCACCGGCCGAUCCGUCGAUGCGGGCGAGCGCAGCAGCGGCUGUCACAGUGCCAUGCCACACCGCUUGGUCGCAGCUGCCAGGCCGUUCCUUGGACGAAGCCAUUGGUAUCAUGGCGGCCGUCUUUCAGAACGGGUUUAUUCAAAUUUGGCGCUUUGACUGGGGACUUCUAGGCAGUCAUAACAAAGUGCGCGGUUCGCCUGCAGCCGAGCCAAAGCUUAUCGCUGCAGUGCAACUUAACAACAUGCAGAGCACGGCAUCAGCUGCAUACCAGAUCGCUGUUGCUGGGUGGGCGGCCCCAUCACUUGAAAACCAAGAGGCAAACAAGGUCUCGCUUGCAGUUCUCAGCUCUGCUCCACAAGGUGCCAAGAUUGAUCUUCUCGAACUAUCUCAAGCUCAAGACGCGGAAGUCUUGAGCGGGUACGCACAACGCUCGGUCACAGUCUCUGCCCACGGCAAAAAGCGAAUUGUGGCGGAUCCGUUCGUCCCUGUCUCAACUACUUCGCCAAGUUUCUAUCUGGAGAACGAGGAUGGUGAGGUGCACACCGUGGAUAAGGGCGAAUGGCAUCUUGUGACUAAGCUGGAGCGGUUCUGUUCUGACUUCCGCAUCCUUGCGAGCGGCAGAGCGGGGCAACAGAGCAAGAUCAAGAUCAUCGGGCUUGCAUCGAAUGGUCGACUGCUCGCCGAGAAACAGGUCAUCGCCAAAGACGCAACUUCCUUUACUCUGGUAGGCAGCUUCCUGGUGUGGACCAACACAUCGCACGAGGCGAGGUUUCUGCCGCUCACUUCGCUUGGGUGGACAGCGGCAGAAGGCGGGCGAGAUGCAUCAGGCUCAGAGGCUGUCGACCUGGGCCGUCGAGUCGAGCGCGGCAGUCGAAUUGUCACGGCGGUACCCUCGGCCAUGUCGCUAAUCCUACAGAUGCCUCGUGGCAAUCUGGAGACCAUUUAUCCCCGACCGCUGGUACUCGAAGUCGUGCGCCGCAACAUCGAUGCUCAACGCUACGGUCCUGCUUUUCGCAUCUGUCGUACGCACCGAAUGGACGUCAACAUUCUCUACGAUCAUGAUCCCGAAGCUUUCAUGCGAAAUGUGGCUACUUUUGUCCGCCAAGUGGCAGACGUCGACUACCUGAAUCUGUUUUUGUCCGGUUUGCGAGACGAGGACGUCACAAGAACGCUAUACAAGCCUCUCAGUUCGCAAACAUCCGCUUCUGACCCGUCUCCGUUGUCAGCAACAGCCACGGCGACUACGCAAAGUAAAGUUAACAAAGUCUGCGAUGCCAUCCGCGUCGAGCUCGAAGAGCUUGAUUCUCGCAAGUACGUUCAAUCCAUCCUGACAACGCACGUACGCAAAGUGCCCGCCGACUACGAAGCUGGGCUCUCUCUCCUUCUACGGCUCAAAGAGUCCGACCCGGAAACAGCCGAGGAAGCGGUCAAGUACAUCAUCUUCCUUGCCGACGCUGAUAAGCUCUUUGAUGUCGCAUUGGGCAUGUACGACUACACGCUGACGCUGAUGAUCGCGCAGCAUGCCAAGCGCAAAGAUCCACGCGAGUACUUGCCCUUUUUGCGAGAACUUCGUAGCCUUUCGCCGGUCGAGUACCAAAGGUUCCGCAUUGACGAUCAUUUGGGUCGUCAUGUCAAGGCGUUGUCUUGGCUGGUGAAGGCGGGAGUCGCGCAUCACAAAGACGCUCUGCGGUACGCGGAUAAGCACAGAUUGUACCACGAAGCGAUCGAGCUGUACGCUGCCGAUGGAGCGAGUCGACUGCGAGACGCAUACGAGCUGUUCGGCGAAUAUCUAUUGACAAGGCGCAAGUUCGACGAUGCGGGCGCGGCGUUUCAGCUUGCAGGCAAGAAUCGAAAAGCGCUUGAAGCGUAUCGAGAGAGCACGAAUUGGACGCAGGCCAUACGGCUUGCGUUUGUUGAAAAGCUUGCUCCGGCAGAGAUCGUCGCCAUGGCCAAGAGCUUCGUUGACGAGCUAGAGAGCUCGCGACAAUUUACGCAGGCGGCGCGCAUCUGUCUCGACUACAUCCGCGACGUCGAACAGGCCGUGAGCCUUCUCUGUCGCGGUGGAGAAUUUUCAGAAGCACGUCGAAUCCUCACCACGUACUCGCGACACGAUCUGAACCAAGUGACUCUGCACCCACUGCUUAUAGAAGCCGCAUCGACGUUGAUUGACGACAUCGGCGAGAUGUCCGAGCAGCUCCACAAGCAGCUUGGUCGGAUUCGCGAAUUGCGAGAAAAACGUGCGCUUGCACUCGCUCAAGGCGCCCACUUUUACGCCGAUGAGAAUGACGCUGCACUGGACAACCUGGACGUUCAGUCGGAUACGUCGACGCAGAUGACGCAGUUCACGCGCUAUACCCGUGCUGCAUCCAUUGCAUCGCAACAAUCGUCGCUCGCCACCUUCAGCACCAAGUCCGGCAGUCGCAAGAAGCAAGCCAAACUCAACAAGAAGCAGCAACGUGCCAAAGCUGGCGGCAAGAAAGGCUCCAUCUUUGAGCAAGAUUAUCUCUAUACUUCGGUUCAAAAGCUUCUCAAAGAUCGAUUGGGAGCCGUCCAACUUGAGGCGGCCAAACUGCUGCCUCACUUGCUCUGCGCUGGUCCAGCGCCGAUCCGUGCGCGAGCGAACGAGGUAAGCACAUCGCUCAGCCAUUUUGAAACCCAGGCGAGCCAAGCAGUGAAUACACUGUGGGCUUACAGCCAGCAAGACGAUGACGAGCGAUUCGAUAUGUUGGUCAAGUUCGAGCACGACAUCCUCGAUGGAAAGCUCGCCGAAAACGCCAUCAUGGCAACCAUGUCCUUUAGGGCGAUUGCGAAUCUCAGGGUCCCGAGGAGCAAGCUCGAGGUGGCCGAGAAUAAGUGGCGCUCAGUGCUCUUGGAUAGGGAUGCAUCAACGAGAUAG